GUAAAAGUGAUUGGUUGAAUGAUGGUAUUACUUUAUUUAAUUAUGAAAGUAAAAUAGAUAUUAAAAUACCUUCAAUGUCAGAUUUUCAUUCUUCAUUCCAAGUUGUUUUUGUUGAUUCAUCAGGUUAUUUUAAUAUUUGUGCUAAUGUUUUUAAAUCAAAUUACAUUUAUAUAAAAAAUGAAUGUAACUUUGCUGUUGAAAUGUUGGAUAAUUCAAAUAUGAAUUCAUUUCCAUGUUUAUUUUUAACAAAAGUUUCUUUUCUUCAACAAUUUGAUCAUUAUAUCAAUUUUAAAGACAUAAAAGUAAUAAGAAAUGUAGUUGAUCAGCAUGGUGAUAAAAAAUUGAAGUUGGAUUUGAGAGAUGAUUUGGCUCUACAGUUUCAGCAAAUUAUUGAACCAAUACUGAUUUCCAGUCUUGGUGAUAGAAUAAGUGAAAUAUGUUUCAAGGUUUUUCAAAAACCUGAUGACAUUAUGACAAUUCAAGAACCUUUUACUGAUUUUUUGAUCGGUCUUAAGUUAAAUUCUCAAAGAGCAAAUAUAGUUGUUGAACGUGGUCCUACUGCUAAUUUACCUGAGGCUAAAGAAUUUCGUUCGUUUUGGAAAGAGAAGUCUCAAUUGAGGCGUUUUAAAGAUGGAGAAGUUUGUGAAGCAGUUGUUUGGGCUGAUAGUAAAGUAUCUGUUAGCAAAAAGCGUUGUUUAACUAGAGACAUUGUGCAAUAUGUAUUUCUUGACAAGUUAUCAAUUUCUUCAAAACAAUUUAUUUAUAUUGCUGAUCAAGCGGAAUCAGUAUUACAUAAUCCAUUUAUAGUGCCAAUUGGAUUUGAAUAUGGUACCGGAGAAGCAGCAAGUUUAUGCUGCAUUGAUACCUUUAAUGAGGUAGGAAAAUCUAUUCGUUCGCUCGAAGGAUUACCAUUAACUGUGAAUUCGGUACAAGGAAUAUCACCAGUAUUGAGAUAUGCUGAUGUUAUACCACCAUUAUCUAGAACUCAUGUGGACAAUAAAAAAAAAAGGAAAACUAAAGGAAAUUGUAUAUUGACACCUACAGAUGAAGAAAUUAAAAUUGCUCCUGGGCUUGUUGAACCUAUUGAAGGUGUGUUACAAUUUGCAUCUAGUGGAAAAUGGCCCAAUGAACUAAAAGCAGUAAGAAGAAUGAUUACAGCUUUUUAUAUUAACUUAGCUGCCCGGUUAAAUAAUGAAUGUAAUUUAACUUCUCAACCAUUUGUUAAUCAUAUUGAUAUCAUGAAAAAUGGUUUCGUAUUUCGUUUUCGUAUUUACUAUCCUGGGGAAGUAUCACUGAUCAAAAAAGAAGUGAUGUCAGAUGGUAUGAUACGGUAUAGAGACACAGUUGAGUCUCUGAAUUUAGAGCGAACAAUGGUUCAGUUACCAACAUUAACAAGUUCUUUACAUGGGCUACAUGUUCAAUAUCCAUCAUAUGGGCCAACUUGCUGUUUAGCUAAACGGUGGAUUAGAAGUCAGUUAAUUGAUAGUUCUCAUUUCCCAGAUAUAUGUGUUGAAUUGCUAGUAGCUAGUUACUAUUUACAGCCUGAGCCAUUUAAAGUAACCACUCAACCAACCAUUGGUUUUUUUCACUUUUUGCGAAAAUUAGCCUUAACCGAUUGGUUUAGAGAGUUUGUUAUUAUAAACUUCAAUAAUGAUAUUCAAAAAGAUCAUAUUUCAUCAAUGGAAUGUUUUAUUGCAAGCCAACAAGAUUAUUCAUCAAGGCCUGCUAUGUUGUUAGUUACUCCUUAUGAUUUGGAUGGCACUGCAUGGACCAAGGAAGUUCCUACAUUCACAAUACUUGCUCGUCUCAUGCAUUUGUCUAGAAAAGCUUUAGAUGUAGCAGAAGAAAGUUUAUUGACAAAUGGUACCGUGGACCAUUUUAAACAAAUAUUUAGACCUUCUUUAGAUGAAUAUGAUAUAAUAAUAAGACUAAGGAAUAUUAUGAACCCUUUAAGACAUAUGGCUAUUGAUGCUCAAAUGGCUAAAAUUUAUACAUUAGAACCUCCCGAAGAAAAAGAAAAAAUUCCAAUUAUUGGAUUAAACCCAGUUCAAGAGUUAUUAAAUGUGUUGAGGGAUAGUUAUUCUGAAAAUGCAUUAUUUUUCCAUGACACCUAUGGUGGUAAUGUGAUUGGGGUUGUUUUUAAACCAGAUGUACUUAAGACAACUGAUUUUAAGGUAACCAAUGUUAAUGGUCAAAAAUUACAAAAGUCUUCAAAUAAUAGAAGACAGGUGGGAUUUAAUUUAGAUGCAUUCAUUGAAGACAUAAACGUUUAUGGUGGUUUUAUUGUGAAAGAAAUUGAAAAAUGUAACAAAUCACUGUUUGUGAAUUAAUAUUGUUAUACUUGUAUGUAAAUUAAUUAAAACAAUAAAAUUAUUGAAAUGCUACUUUAAUAUUAAUGACUCAACACUCAAAUCAUUCAGUAAUUGACUUAAUUGUUUUGAUAACAUUUGUUUGCAUCAAAAAUGGAUCAUUGAUUCAAAUAUAAAUUCAAAGUGGCAGUCUUAAACUUAAAUCAAACAGUGUUAAAUUAAUUAGUUUAUCUA